CAUGUGUUCAAUAUUUUGUCACCGGAAGUAAAGCACAUGCGUAACCAAGAUGCUGUGGAGACCUUGAAAACAACACACUUACGCACAAACCCUAUCGUUAAAUUAUGGCAAGAAGGCUCAUAUUCCCUCUCUACCAGUAUGGGAACCCCCAGCUGAGGGUCUUCCGCCCUAAUUGGUUCCUCACCCUUGUCAGGCCUGGCAAGGAGCAGCCACCGGACACAGUCCAGUUCCGUGUGCCCUUGGAGAUGACAAAAUACGACGUCAGGAACUACCUGCAGAAGAUCUACGACGUGCCAGUGGCUGCCGUCCGCACCAGGAUCCAGUUUGGCUCCAACAAAAAGAGGAACCACCUGAACCAGCGAGUAAAGAGACCAGACUACAAAGUGGCUUACGUUCAGCUGGCUCAGGAGCAGACGUUUGAGUUCCCCAACAUCUUCCCUGAGAAGGACGCCAAGGCGACCGAGGGCUCCGUCGAAGAGAUGCAGGAGAAGUUCAUGGAAGACGAGAAGCAGAGGCAGAAGCCCGACCCACGAAGGGGCGGCGUGACCGAGUGGUUUGGCCUCUGAAGAGACUGUGUGUGUGUGUGUGUGUGUGUGUGUGGAGAGACCUCACCUCACCAGGCCCCACCGCACCAAGCCUCUUGUAUCGCUGUGGACAAACCCGAGCAGCAUUGCCAUCUUGUCACACUGGAUCCAGCUGGGCAUCUCUCCCGGGGGCCAUAUGCCCUCCCUGUCCUCCAUCUCUCUUUCCCCUGCCCUCUAUCAUUUAUUCAUGAUGAGAUGGUAGGCCAGAGGCCUCUGUGUAUGUGUGUUUCAUUAGGAGUGGUGAGUCCAGGAAGAAGUCCAGGAAACCCACAUUCAAUCAAUCACCAUCCUCCGUCUCACCUUUACUGGCCGGAGAGACUGGAAUUAAAGUCACCAUGGGUAGUGUUUUAACACUUUGUGCAUGUUUAAAACAGGAAAAUGCUGCUAAAAGCCUUUACUUGAGGUGCUUAGAUGUUUUGCAUCUUUUCUAAUAAAAUUCAUUGUAAAUAUAA